AUCGCUCUGAUCGGGAGUGCAUCCAUCUCCCAGCGCGCGCGCGACGCCGCCGCUGCCGCCGCCACUCCCGUUAGUGCGGUUAGUGCGCGCGACACAGCGACUACACCAGCCAAGACGAGACAGGACGAGUCGAGAAGGAGGCAGAAGCAGCGACCGAGACGGAAGCAGGAUGCGCGCGCUGCUCGGCGUCCCGACUCCCAUCUUCCUCCUCGUCGUGUAUGGAUUGUGUCCCUCUAUGACGAUCGGGCCGAAGGAGGGCUGGCAGGUGUACAGUUCAGCUCAGGAUGCAGACGGUCGCUGUAUCUGCACUGUAGUGGCUCCGGAGCAGAACCUCUGUUCCAGAGAUGCCAAGAGUAGACAGUUACGCCAGCUACUGGAGAAGGUCCAGAACAUGUCGCAGUCGAUUGAAGUGCUGAAUCUGCGCACUCAGCGGGAUUUCCAGUACGUCAUGAAGAUGGAGAACCAGAUGAAGGGGCUCAGGACAAAGUUCAGACAGAUCGAGGAAGACCGCAAGACCGUCAUGGCCAGAAACUUCAAGGAGCUGAAGGAUCGAAUGGAUGAGCUGCAACCUCUGAUCCCUGUGCUGGAGCAAUACAAAACAGACACUAAGCUCAUCUCGCAGUUCAAAGAGGAGAUCAGGAACCUGUCGGCGGUGCUGACGGGGAUCCAGGACGAGCUGGGGGCGUAUGAUUAUGACGAGCUUUACCACCGAGUGAUGAGCCUCGAGAGCCGUCUGCGCAGCUGCAUGAGUAAACUUACGUGCGGCAAAUUAAUGAAAAUCACAGGACCCGUGACCAUAAAAACGUCAGGCACGCGGUUCGGUGCAUGGAUGACCGACCCAAUGGCAUCUCCAAGAAACAACAGAGUCUGGUACAUGGACACAUACACCAACAGCAAGGUGGUGCGAGAGUACAAAUCCAUGGCAGAUUUUGUCUCGGGUCAAGAGUCUCGAACGUACUACCUUCCAUUUAAGUGGGCGGGGACCAAUCACGUUGUGUAUAAUGGAUCGCUAUACUACAACAAAGAGCAAAGCAACAUUGUGGUCAGAUACAGCUUUGAGACAGGCCGUGUGCUGGCUCAGCGGGCACUCGAGUACGCUGGCUUCCACAACGUCUACCCGUACACCUGGGGAGGCUUCUCAGACAUUGAUCUAAUGGCUGAUGAGAUGGGGCUGUGGGCUGUCUAUGCCACUAACCAGAAUGCAGGCAAUGUAGUGAUUUCUCGCUUGGAGGCUGAGACGCUGGAGCCGCUUAGCACUUGGAACACAGAGUACUCCAAACGCAACGCUGGCGAGUCGUUCAUGAUCUGUGGAACACUCUAUGUUACCAACUCACACCUUACUGGGGCAAAGGUCUACUACUCCUAUGACACAAAAACGUCCAGCUACGAGUAUGUGGACAUCCCCUUUCACAACCCAUACUUCCACAUCUCCAUGCUCGACUACAACGCUCGGGAGAGAGCGCUCUAUGCCUGGAACAAUGGCCACCAGGUUAUCUUCAAUGUCACGCUCUACCAUGUCAUCAAAACUGAAGACGAUUCAUAAAAACACAACAGAGAAUCUCAGUGCCAGAUUUUUCCUAUUUGCCUGGAAUGAUGGCCAUCUUCAAUGUCAUGUUCUACCAUGUUAUUCAUAAAGAGACAAGUGGUAAGGAUAGGGUGGAGGUGCUGCAGGGCUACAACACAAUGCUCUUAUUUGCCUGGAACAGGAUCCACCAGGUCAUCUUCAACAUCAUGCGCUACCACAUUAUCAGAAUCAACACAACAGACGAAGAGGCCAGUGGCUAGGACAUAAUUUUCUUAGGGCCAUUUUCAAACUUGCUCAUCAAAAAACCAAGGACAGCAUAGAAAACGGAUUUAUAAACACAGAGAAGAAGAGUCCAGUGGCUAUCGCAGGCUUUUCUUGUUCACCUGGAACUACAGCCACCAGGUCUUCAAUGUCACCGCCUACCACGUCAUCUAAAAUGAGCAUGAUUCUUGAAGAGUCCAGUGGCUAUGACACCAUUUUCUCACUCUGCCUCAUCAUCGAAACUGACUGCAGCUUCUCAAACUUCAGCAGUCACGCUAUUUCAUUCAGAAACACUGGGUGUGGGGCAGGAAUACACCCUGGGUGGACUUCCAGUCCAUUGCAGGGCACCAAUUUACACUCCUCCACAUCAUUUCAACUGAAGACUGAAGUUUUUAGCUCCAUGAUUUUGUUGUUCACCUAGAUCAGGGGUCAUCAACCGGCAGACCAUGGUCCAGAUGCAGAAAUAAAAUAAGCCGUGGA